ACUUUUUUGUCAAAAACCCCAUUAACACUCCCCCACUCUACUCCUCACCACACCAACCCUAAUCAUUCCCUGCAACUCAAACCCUAGAUCUUUCCACUCGCCAUGGCGGCUCCGUCUCGUUAUAUUUUAGUAAUGGCGACUCUUCUUCUCUCUCAUUUUGCUCAGGAGAGCCUACAAGAAGCAGAGAUUACGUUCUCUUCCCGUCUGAUUCACCGAUUCUCCGACGAAGUGAGAGCAAUUAGGGUUUCUUCUUCAAAAAAUGUGAGCUGGCCGGUGAAGAAAAGCUUGGAGUAUUACGAGAUGCUGUUUAACAGUGAUUUUCAGAGACAGAAAUUGCGACUUGGACCUCAUUAUAACUUCCUUUUCCCUUCUCAAGGCAGUAGAACGAUGUCGUUAGGCAAUGACUUUGGAUGGUUGCAUUAUACCUGGAUUGAUAUAGGAACACCUCAUGUUUCAUUUCUUGUUGCACUGGAUGCUGGGAGUGAUCUACUUUGGGUGCCUUGUAAUUGCCUGCAGUGUGCCCCUCUAUCAGCAAGUUACUAUAAUACUCUGGAUAGAGAUCUGAAUGAAUAUAGUCCAUCACACUCCAGUUCCAGCAAGCAUUUAUCUUGUAGCCAUGAGAUGUGUGAAUUGGGUCCGAACUGCAAAAGCCCAAAGCAGCCAUGCCCUUACACUAUUAAUUACUACACUGAAAACACAUCAACUUCAGGAUUGCUGGUCGAGGACAUACUGCAUCUUGCUUCUAAUGGUGAUGAUCCGUUAAAUCAUUCUGUGCAGGCUCCAGUGAUCAUUGGAUGUGGCAUGAAGCAAACUGGUGGUUACUUGGAUGGGGUCGCACCUGAUGGUCUGAUGGGUUUAGGAUUUACUGAACUGUCAGUUCCUAGUUUUCUUGCUAAAGCAGGAUUGAUCCGGAACUCUUUCUCAAUGUGCUUUGAUGAGGAUGAUUCUGGGAGAAUAUUUUUUGGUGAUCAAGGCCCGAGUACCCAGCAAUCUACACCAUUUUUGACCUUAAAUGGGAACUAUACAACUUAUGUUGUUGGAGUUGAUGCCUUUUGUGUGGGAAGUUCUUGUCUUAAGCAAACAAGUAUUAAAGCGUUAGUUGAUACUGGCACAUCGUUUACGUUUCUUCCAAAUGGAGUAUAUGAAAAAAUUACUGAUGAGUUUAAUAGGCAAGUGAAUAUUAAAAUUUCCAGCUUUGAAGGAUAUCCAUGGAAGUAUUGCUACAAAUCUAGUUCACGUGACUCUGCCAAGAUUCCCUCUGUGAAGCUCAUUUUCCCUCUGAACAAUAGCUUCGUGAUCCAUAAUCCUGUUUUUAUGAUUUAUGGCAUUCAGGGAACUAUUGGAUUUUGUUUAGCCAUUCAGCCGACCGAGGAAGAUAUUGGAACCAUUGGACAGAAUUUCAUGACAGGAUAUCGAGUGGUUUUUGAUAGGGAAAAUUUGAAGUUGGGCUGGUCACGUUCUAAUUGUGAAGACCAAAGUGACGACAAGACGAUGCCUCUUACAUCUCCUAAUGGGGCACCAAUCAACCCAUUACCAACAAAUGAGCAACAGAGCGCUCCGGGAGGACACGCAGUUUCACCUGCGGUUGCUGGAAGAGCUCCAUCUAAACCAUCAGCUGCCUCAGUCCCAUUAGUUCCGUCUUGGUUUUGUUUGUUGAAGAUGUUGCUAUUGCUACUUCUUCUUCAUCAACUAGUUUGCCUGUGUGAGUAAAUACUGUCUGAUUUCUACUUAUAUUAAGUUGUCAUAAUCUUUAUAUAGUUCCUAUAUGUAAAUUAAGUCUAUCCUGUGUAUGUAUUACAAAGUAUAUAUAGAUAUGUCCCAAUAUCCAAUGCCAUCAGUUUUUUUGGCCUCUUUAUAGGCAUAUGGUUGGUUGGGACUUGUAGGGAUACACUGCAGUUCCUUGUGUUUAAUUAAUAUUUCUUUCUAUUUUUCCUC